AUGGACUUUCCGGGUCAUUUCCAGCACAUCUUCAAGCAGCUCAACCACCAGCGCCUGCAUGCUCAGCUGUGCGACUGUGUGGUGCUGGUUGGAGGUCAGACCUUUCAGGCUCACCGCUCCAUCCUGGCAGCCUGCAGCUCCCACUUCAGGGCUCUGCUCAGCUCCAGCGAGGAGGUGGUGGGUCCAGGAGCUGACAGGGGCCCCCAUGUGAUGGAGCUGGAUCCAGAGGUGGUGACCCCAGAGGCCUUCUCCACCCUGCUGGACAUGAUUUACACCUCCACCCUCUCUCUAAGGGCCUCCAAUGUCAUGGAUGUGCUGCUGGCGGCAUCGCACCUGCACCUCAAUGCCGUGGUCAAGGCCUGCAAGCUCCACCUGUCCAAGAGAAACUUCCCCUCCUCGCCGCCCAAAGGAUGGAGGUCGGUGCAACAGCAGCAGCAAAGUCCAUCUUCCCAGGCAGCAGCUAGUUCACAGCAACGGGUCACAUCAGCUGUGGAGGAGGAGGAGGAGGAUCUUGAUAAAGAGGAGGCAGGAGUGGAGGUGAGUCAGUCUGGAGGGGAUGAAGACGGUGGGGUGCAGAGGGGAGCAUCAUCUGUGAGGCAAAAGAGGAAAUCACUGGAGGAGAGGAUCGGCGACAGGAAGAGAACCUGCAGGCCGAAUGCAGAAAACUAUAAGGAGUGUUCGCCGACUGUCACCAGGAGCACCGUGAGCACCGAGGACGGAGAUCUGUUGUCCCCGACCACUGACAGACUUUGGGAAAACCAACCAGAUGAUGAGGAGGAGGAGAAGAAAUACGAAGCAAACAAGGAGUCAGAGGAAAUCCAGCUACCAAGCCAGUCAGACAGCAGCACGGGAGGCACAGGUGUGAAGGAGAAGGGUGAAGAUACAGAUGGAGACACUGUGGUCAAAGUAAAGGUGGGGGAAGAGGAGGGAGAGGAGCCACAGGUGGCAGUGAUUGAGGUGAAAAAGGAAAAUCUAAACUCAUAUUCCCCAGAUUUAGGCACUUUAGGAAAUAGCUCUCCUCCAUCUCCACUUGCAGGCAGUUUGGAUGCACAGCUAAAUGAUGAGAAAAUAGUCACAGGCUGCCCAGCAGAGGGUGAUGUCAGCUCUUUACAGUCACAGCUUUGCACAGAUCUUCAUUCUGACGCACAGAGAGGAGCUGCAGACUUGGGCGAUGACUCGGUAGAUGGUGAAGGCCUGGACAGCCUGUCUGAACUGGCCUUUUCCUGCUUCCUUAAUCCCGGUAGUGAAAGCGUCAUGGGAGCUCUGGAGGAAGAAGACAGUCUAGCAAGCCUUACAGCCGCUGCCACCGCUGCUGCUGCUGCUGCCAGUGAUGCUCCUACAGCUGCUGCACAAACAGGUGAACAAAAGUCAGAUGAAGCAAACGCCUCUUCUGCUCAUUCCUCCGAUUCGUCAUCUUCUCUUGUUUUUCCGGUUACUUCUGUCCCCUUGCAGCAGCUCUUCCCAACUCAGAGCCCUGGUUUCAGCGACACAAUCAUCCUCCAGCCCAGCCAGAACUCGUUGACAGGGUUCUUGAGCGGCAUCACACCAGGCCUCAGUCUGGAAGCGUCCCUCGUCCAACCCUCCAGGGCUGGGAAAAGCACAGGGACAACAACGACAACCUUUCGUCGCAUCGCCCCCAAAGUGCCGCCCGGAUCAGAAGCCGGGACAGAUUCUUCCUCUGGGUCAGCGGGAGAUGCCACUAAUCAACCACCUCUCACUAGAGCUUCAGAGGAUGUUCUGUCCAAGUGCAAGAAAGCGGCCGCCCAGGACCAUGUGUUGCUGGUGGAGGGGGAGAAGAAAUACGCCUGUAAAAUCUGCUGUAAGACCUUCAUGAACUUGACCGACUGUAAGAAGCAUAUUCGCGUCCACACAGGGGAAAAGCCUUAUCCUUGUCCAAAGUGCGGCAAGCGCUUCAGCCAGUCGUCCCAUCUGUACAAACACUCGAAGAACACUUGUCUUAACUGGAAAGAUGAUCAGUCGUUCUCAGACACUUUGCUCUGACAUGUAGAGCUGGAUCAAGACACUACUUAAUUCUUUUAAGUUUAGAAGAAAUUCUAAACUUAUUUAAUGAAUAACAGACAAUCAAUUAUUUUUUUGUGCCAUGAAAUCAAAGUCAGUUUUCGUAUGUGUCUUAAAUUAAGCUUUCUCCGUCUUCAACCUUGCUGUGAUUUAUUUUUAAUAUUUUCAUGAAAUUAAAUGUAAAAUGUGACCAAACUAAUAUAAUUUUGGCCAUUUUUUAUUGAUCACAAAUCUAUUUUGGACAUGACAUUUUCAGCAGGAGGAAAUACUUUAAACACACGCUGUUGUAUAUUUAAACUACACUUUAUUUUUAUACUUCAGAAAAAAUCUGACACAAACUAAAGUGGAGUGUUGGGCUGUUUAGUAAGUGCAGACAUGGAGCUUUCACAGCAGAAUAAAGUGCAGACCAUGGAGCAUGACGGUAAUCUGUAUGGCAAAUGUUACAUUUAGAAUGGGACAGAUGAGCAAC